CCUGCAAUCCUUCAGUCCUUCAGUCCAACAGAAAGUUGCUUUGCCCCCAGACAUCUUUGGAAACAGAGCAGAACUUUCUCUAGUAAAAGUUACAGUUUCAACCAAUCUUGACCAUGAGUAUUCCAACCGCCGGCUCUCUGGAUUCUGUCAGGAUAUCUGGUCUAAACAUUACCAAAAGGCACUUUUCAAGAACUUUCUUGAAAAUUGCAGGAUAUUUUCUUGGAAUCAUGUCACAGAACCAACAGGGCAGAGUUCAGUUUAGGAAUAAACAGGCAGAUCAGACGAGACCAGGGACGGGUCCGGUUGUUGUUGUUUGAGUUGAACAGACGGCUGCACGGAUUACUUUAGUGGCAAAGGUCAGCAGAGGUUCCAGACUGAACCCAUUAACUGCCCGUUGUUCCUGUCUGGGUCUGGUUCUGAGAGAAAGUCUAACCAGGUCUUAACGUGAAUCCGUAUGAUGAUGACUGGAGCUUCUUUAAUAAAACGCCCAGAAGAUUAUUUUGCUCUGAAACACCUGAGGAGAUUUAAGUCAGCCAACAACAUGAACACCUGAAGGACCAGAACCUGAACCAACAAAUCCUGGCUGUGUGAUGAAUGCCUCCUGUUUGCUUUGUUGCAUCUUGUAGAGUCUCUAAAGCUACUACAGACUAAUCCCAGCAGCUACUACUAAUCUCACAACUACUACAGAGCUGCAGCUGCUUCCUGGCAGCAGGGAAACCAUCAGAUUAAAACUGGUUUCUAAUCUGCUUCACACAGCAACUCGGAAAUGGACAAACUUCAGGAAGUCUGAGCCUGACAGGAGCUGCAGUCAGCUUUCAACUUUCCCCACUUCAUCACAUAAACAGGACAAGGACAAAACAGCAGAACCCGAGGAACCAACUGAGGAACCAACUGAGGAACCAACUGAGAACAGACCUCAGCGUUAAACUGGAAGUGGGACCAGUAUGAUAACUGUGUUGAGUGAAGUCCAGGGUUCUGUGACCUGGAUCGUCUCUGAAUGAUCUAACCCUAACCCUGAGACAUGGCGGUCCAAACAGAACAUGGUUCAUUGCUUCACCUAAAAUCACCAUUUGUUGAGAAAAUUAAAGUUUUUUUUUACAGAUUCUGUAAUUUCUCACAUUCAUCCAGAUCAAGCUGCACAUUUCCAUUGAUUCUAUUGAAAACUGAGGCAAAGCAGAACAAUAAUUAACUCUGAAUAGUGAAUUCAGCAUUCUAAUUAAUUGAACUAAAAACCCAGAAACCUUGUUGAGGGAAGAGUUUUGGUGUUGCCUCCUGAAGUGAAGCUGCUGACGUUAGCCCGCUGCAGAGUCCAGGAUGAAUAAUUUAAAAUGUUUCUGUCAGGUUUUAUUACCUGUCAGACACAGAUUCCUGUUUACUCUGGAAACAAACAUUUGAUUUGUCUGCAGCUCUUCUUCUGUGACACUUUAAGCUCAAGUGGCAUCAGCUUUGGGACUUAUUGGAUUUGUUGCAAAAGCAUGAAAGUGCAUUGAAGUGAGGCUUUAAGUAUUCAUUAGUUCCUGCUGAGCCUGACGGCAGAGACUCGAGCAGACUGCGUUGCCGUUUGCUUGAGGAGGAACCCAGUGCGACCAGUAAGGGCUGCUGGGGAAGCCAUGGUGGAGCUGAGGCCGGUACCGGCCCAGCGGGGGAGCAGAGGCCGUGACAGUUCCCCCCAGAAAGCCACUAACAGGAUGACGCCUGCCUGCAGGGCCACGGGGUGAAGCAGGAUUACGUCUGAGCAGCAGAUAAACUGAUUAUUCCAGAAACACCGGCCACUUGUUUAACCUCAUCACUCCUGCCACACGUCCAGCUCUGAGAGCAGAACGCCGCUCUGCUCCUGGACUCACCUGCUGGCUCUUCACCCGCGCUCCGACUCGCCUCCGUCUCCCUCCACACGCGGCAGACAGCUCCCAUGAACUUCCUCUGAUCGAGAACGCCGCGUCAUUUCUGGUCACAUUUCAGAUCCUCAUCGGCGCCACCAUGCUUCAGGCUGCUGGACUCCUGCUGCUGCUGGCCAUCACAUCACCAGCAGCUGGAAUCAGAGACGGUGGUGCAGCAGCGCACAGCGUGGAGUCUGGAGGAUCGCUGCGUCUGGCUGACCUGCUGAAAUCAUCCAGCAAACCUUCAGCCUGGGAGUCGAGCCGGCGCAGAUCCCGGCGGUCGGUGUUUCUGCAGCCUGGAGUGAGAAUCUGCUCCCAGGAGAGCGUCGAUGAAGUUCUGGCCAGCCACCAGGCCUACUACCAACUCAGAGUCUGUCAGGAGGCCGUGUGGGAAGCUUUCCGGAUCUUCCUGGACAGAAUUCCCGGGACGUGGGAAUACCAGGCGUGGGUCCGCAGCUGCCAGCAGGAGGCGCUCUGCAUCUCUGACAUCGCCAGGAACUUCAGCAGCUCCGAGGAGCACAUCGGCCUGAUCCACAGGAGGAUGAAGAACCGCAGAGAGAGACGACCAGAGACACGAGCGGUGACUCCGGCAGCAAAGCAGAAGACCCCAGAACUCCCAGGUUCUGAAACUCUGCCCAGCACGUCUUCAUCGCCUCCACCUGCCAUCAUCAUCAUCACCUCUGCUGCCCCGCCCACUCCGGUCAUGGACCGCACCGGACCGGCUGGACCCGACCAAGAGGACCCGGAGCUGCCCAACCUGGUUCCCGAGGGGCCCGAGGUCCACACGGUGCAGUUCAGUGUCAGCCUGCUGGACCCGGGCUACAGGCAGCUGCUGGGCGAACCGGACUCACCGGAGUACCUGGACCUGGCGACGCACCUGCAGGACCAGAUGCGGCUCGUCUUCGACCGAUUGCCGGGCUUCAAAGCCGUCAGCGUUCUGGGGAUCCGUGAGACGCUGGAACCUGACAGGGCUGAAGGAAUCUCGGUCCACUACUCUGUGGUCUUUGAGAACAACAUCCAUCACACAACCUCAGAGACAACCAGAGAGCCAGAGGCCUCUGCUGACUCUGGACUCAGAGAUAUGUUGGUCAAGGCUUUACAGGAGAAAGCUUCUCUGCCAGUCGACCUGGACUCCCUGAACUUCCAGCCAGAAGUUAUCAUCCUCCCAACACCAACAUCAUCUGCAGCUGAAGAGAUGGAUGAGCCCAGUGAAUAUGAUUCCCACAAUGAGUUUAAAGUCUUCACCCCUGAGCCUGAGGUGAAUAAACUUCAUCCUCCUCUCACCUCGAAGGAGAAGGAAAAUGACCUUGUGACCCUGCUGGACUCCACCGCUGUCACACAUGGUGAGAUGAUCACGGUGACUGAUGGGAUGGCACUGAUCAGUGAUGAUCCCCCGGCUUCAGAGGACAUUACUGAUGAUUCAGAAGAAAUUUACAUGAUUGAACCAGAGCUGUCAAGCCAAGAACAAGAGGAAGAGGAAUUGCUCAUCAUCACACAUGAGAUUGAAACCAUUCAUCAGGAUGAAACGGGGGAACUUGUGCGCGUCUACAUCCCAACCCCGACGCUGCUUCUUCAGGGGGAGGCGGACGAUCCAUUCAUCACUUCGUCUCCUAACCUGAUAUCAGAGGAAGACCUCAGUCCUGUUGAAAAAGAGGGAGAAAGUCCUGUGUUUAAACCAACAGCUCAGAUUGUAUUCACUGCAGCCGUUGGCAAUAAGGAGCUGUCGGAAAUCACAACUCCAAGUUUCAAACCUGCAGACCUCACAGACCAGCCACCCACAGAGCCAGCAUUGAUCCCUAAAGAGGAAGAAGACAUCAACAUUCUUUCACAUGAAGAAAAGCUAGAUUUAGGUUUUUCAAAACCUGAACCAAGUGACGUUCUGGACCAAGAAUCACAGGGUGUUAGAAGUUUGCAAAGUGAAGUAGAACUGCUAGAGCCAGAGGAAGAUACAGUCAUUCUGGAGGUUUUAAGGCCAAACCUUGAGAAAGUAGAAGUCUCAGAACCAGGUGAAGUUGCAGUUGAAAUGUCAGAGUCAGGUGAAGCAACAUUUGAAGUCUCAAUGCCAGAAAAAAAAGAAAAGCCAUCAGAGUUUAUCACAGAAGUAGUUGACAUUUCAAAUCCAGCCACAACACCUGACACUUUAGAGACAGAAGCACCUGAAGUUUCGGAGCCACACCAAGAAGUUCAACAAGUUUUACUAAUGGACAAAGAAGUAGUGAAUGUUUCAAUGCAAGAAAAAGAUCCAACUAAAGCAUCAGAGACAAAGAAACAGUUGGUUGUGGAAAGUCAGGAGGAAGUUACAGAGCCAGAGCCAGAAAUUGUGGUUCCUGUUACAGAGAAGGACCUUGAAACAUUGAAAUCAGUUGAACCAGAAGAACCGCUUCCAGAGACGGACUCUGAUGAUACCAAACCUGAGGUUUUCACAGAACAAGGUGUAGAAGACAGUGUCAACAUUUUGCAACCAGAAAAAGGAAUAGUUGAACUUACAGAACUAAAAGAAGAGCAGAUGGAAAAAGUCAUUGAGGUGUCGCUUUUAAUUCCUCAACUAGAGGAAAAUUUGGUGGAAGCCCCAGAAAAAGAGGAAGAGGUUGUGCUUGUUGGCUCCAAAGAUGAAAAAGUUUUAGAGAGACCAGGUCAUGAAGUUCUGAAAGAAACGUUACCUCAAGUCCCUGAAGAAAAGGGUCCUGAUGUCACAGAGGAAAGGGUUCCCAUAUUUAUAGAGGACAGAGCUGCUGAAGUCACCAAGGAAACCAUUCCCAGGGUCACCGAGGAAGAGAGAGUUCCCAAACAUAUAGAAGAUAGGAUUCCUGAACGCUCAGAAGAAAGUGUUACUAAAGUUACACAGGUCAUGGUCCCUGGAGAUACUGAGGAAAACGACAACAUGGGUGGAGUUGCUGAUAGAGUUUCUGAACCACAGGAAGCAGUUCCUGACUUGGAUAGAGAAGAAGUUAGAGAGAAAUCAGUCCAUGUGGUGAAGCUUCAAACAGAAGAUGUCACUGAAGUUGCUAAUGCAGAUUUUGAGGAUGAAAAGGUUGUAGUUGCCUCACUUGAUGAGAGUCUGGUGGACAUUGCACAGCCAGAACCUUCUACAGAGAAGACUGAAGCCAUAGGUGAAUCAAAAAGUCCAGAACUGGAGACAGUAUCAGAACCAGACAAAGACCGAUUGGACUUCUUACCAGACUUACCUAAAGGUCCAGAACCAGAAGAGGAGGUCAUAGAGCCAGAAACAAAGAGAGAUUCUACAGAACCAGCUACUGAGUCAAUCAAAAUCCUCCAGACUUUGGAAAGCAUGGAAGAACUUCACUACAGAGAUGGUAGUGUUCAGGUAGUGGGGGAACAGCCACUGGAUGGUUCUGAUGAACUCAACCCAUCAGUGGAAGAUAAUCUGCCCAUCGUACCAGGACUCUUCCAUUCACCUGAGGAAAAAGCACCAAACCUCAUCUACCCAAUCACAGAGGACGUUGACACCCAGGAGGACGUUGAUGGAACCAACAUAGAGGUGGAGAGAGAAGCAGGUGCCUUCAGAAUACCAGAACCUGUCCAGACUGAUCUACCCAUUGAAGCAGUAACAUCUGUCUCAGCCGCAACAGCUGCAGAGCUAGAGGUUCAGUCAGAGGAUACUGUAGCGACAGAUAACUUUUCAUCAAAGACACAAGAAGAAGAAAUGUUUGUAACUCGUAGCCCCGUCUCAGAAGCCGUCUCUGCACCUCCAUCUGCUGUCGACCUGGUUCAAGUACCAACACCUGGCCUGACUGAGGACUCGGGGCCCUUUGAGUUAACAGAGGACAGAAGUGAACCAGAACCACCUGUUGUGCCCCAGGUGGAAACGGCAGACCCUGAAAGCCUCACCGCCUCUCCAGGUGGGGAGGAGUUUUCUGAAGAACUGGACCAGAGCAAUACUCCCAGUAAGGAGUCAAUGGACCCUGGCAGUGAUCUGACCACUGCAGCAGAGGAAGAUGCCACUCCUCUAAGAUACUUGACCACGCCCACCAUGACCACCGCCAGCAACAGGCAGGAGCUGGUGGUGUUCUUCAGCCUGCGCCUCACCAACAUGGACUUCUCUGAAGACCUUUUCAACAACACCUCAGCAGAGUACAGAGCCCUGGAGAACACUCUUCUAGACGUGCUGCUGCCGUACCUGCAGGCCAACCUGACGGGCUUCAGGAAACUGGAGAUCCUGAACUUCAGGAAGGGCAGCGUGGUCGUCAACAGCAAGAUGCGCUUCUCCCGUUCCGUACCCUACAACGUCACCGAGGCCGUCCGCUGCCUGCUGGAGCGGUUCUGCUCCGCCGCCAGGAGGCUCCAGAUCGACCGCAGCUCUCUGGACGUGGAGCCAGCUGAUCGGGCCGAUCCGUGCCGGUUCCUGGCCUGCGGAGACUCAUCCCACUGCGUGGUUGACCACCGGACCCAAGAGGCCCGGUGCCACUGCGAACCGGGCUUCCUGGCCCAACAGAACCGGUCCUGUCGCAGCGUCUGUGAGCUGCAGCCCGAGUUCUGCCCAGACGGGGAUUGUCACGUGGUUCCAGGCCGAGGAGCUGAGUGCAGACCCAGAGGUGGAUCUCAGCGGUCCGGCCUGACCAGAUAGGAAGACGUGUUGGAUCGGACGGGACCAGGGAAUGUGAAAAAACUCACCAGAGCUUCAGAGGAUCAGCAUCGACCCGACUGAAUCCGGUCAGAACAGAUGAGCCCGUCUGAUUGGGACAUCGGGUCUGCAGCUGGUCGACUUCAGCUGAAGGUCCAUCACAGUUGGGUUUAGGCCCGGACUUUGACUAGGCCAUUGCAGAACCUCGAUUGUCUUGUUUUCAGCCGUUCUGACCCGGUUCUGCUGGGUUUGGGAUCUGAGUUCUGUUGGCGACCCAGAUGAAGACCAGACAGACUAUGUUCUGUCCCAAAACGUAGAUCUUCAAAGUCUGAGAACAACUUCCUCUUCCAUAUCCCGCUUCCUGGAGAACUGACCUUUAACUUCCUUGGACACAACCCCAAACACCCAUCACCCUGGAGACGACCCCGAACACCCAUCACCCUGGAGACGACCCUGAACACCCAUCACCCUGGAGACGACCCCGAACACCCAUCACCCUGGAGACGACCCUAGAGACGACCCCGAACACCCAUCACCCUAGAGACGACCCCGAACCCCCCGAACACCCUGGAGACGACUCCGAA